AUCUACAUUAUAAGAAGGGUACUUUUGGCUGCCCACGCUCGGGACGUGAACAUCUUUAUCUGGACCUCGCGUAAGUCUGUCGACCAUGAAACAAACGAUCGCACCAUGGUCCAUGGUGAUGGUACACGGGCUGAUGGUCGUAGGUCUAAGUAAUUUGCCAAUUUGAGCCAGAUCGUGGGCUCGUGAGACCGACGACC